CAUGCUGCACACACACCCACCGUCUCCUCUGAGUGACUGACUGUCUGUGUGGAUUGUGCACAUCAAAGAAAGAAGAGGAGCUUGGUUAGGUCUCUGCUUGGAUAGGACUGUAAGAUUUUGGACUGGCUAUCUGCUUGUGUGUGCGUGCUUGUGUGUGUGUGUGUGUUGUGUAUUGGCAUGCAUGUUUCUGUGUGUGUGCCAAGAAGCAGUGUUGCUCCAUGUGCUUGAGAUAAAACAAGACAAGUGACCUUUUUUUUUUUUUGUGGUGGGGAUUUUUGCGUGUUUGGCCUGCCAUUCACACACAGAGACGUAACUUUUUCUCACUCAAGGACCCACCGCUGAUUGUUAAGUCCAGUGACGUCUCACUCGUCAGGAUGACAUGGCGUCCUCAGUACCGCAGCUCCAAGUUCCGACACGUGUUUGGUAAGGCUGCCACCAAGGAGAGCUGCUAUGAUGGCGUGCCAAUCACACGCAGCGUCCAGGACAACAACUUCUGUGCUGUCAACCCACGUUUCCUGGCAGUCAUCACCGAGUGUGCCGGGGGAGGGGCCUUCCUGGUGCUGUCUGUCCAUCAUACAGGAAAAGUGGACCCUCACCAGCCUCGAGUAUCGGGCCACAGAGGCAACGUGUUAGACAUCAAAUGGAAUCCGUUCAACGACUACUGCAUCGCCUCCUGCUCCGAGGACACCACGGUCAAAGUGUGGGAUAUCCCUCCUCAUGGCGUGCUGAAGAACCUCACAGUACCCUGGAAGGAUCUUCAGGGUCACAGCCGCAGAGUGGGCCUCGUUGAGUGGCACCCGACUGCUAAUAACAUCCUCUUCAGUACCGCCUAUGACUAUAAGGUGAUGAUCUGGAACCUGGACUGUCCCGAGCAGGUGAUAAAGAACCCCGUGCGGACCAUCAGCCACCACACAGAUGUGGUCCUCUCCAUGUCUUUCAGUACGGACGGCAGCCUCCUGGCCACCACCUGCAAGGACAGGAGGGUCAGACUCAUGGAGUCACACUCAGGAAACCUGCUGCGGGAAGCCAACUCCAAGACGCACAAAGCCAGUAAGGUGCUGAUCCUGGGUAACAUGAAGAUGCUCCUCACGUCAGGCACUUCACGCUGGAAUGAUCGACAGAUAGCUCUGUGGGAUCAGGAUGAUCUGUCUGUGCCUUUGUUAGAAGAUAACCUGGACGGUUCGUCAGGGGUCAUCUUUCCUUUCUACGACCCCGACACACACAUGCUUUACCUUGCUGGGAAGGGUGACGGGAAUAUCAGGUACUACGAGAUCAGCUCAGAAAAACCAUAUAUCCACUUUUUAACAGAGUACCGCUCACACCUACCUCAGAAAGGGAUGGGUGUGAUGCCAAAGAGAGGACUAGAUGUGAGCUCGUGUGAGGUGUUCAGGUUCUACAAACUGGUGACAAUCAAGGGUCUCAUUGAGCCUCUGUCCAUGAUCGUACCCCGCAGGUCGGAGUCGUACCAAGAAGACAUCUAUCCAAUGACGGCUGGUAACAAACCUGCUUUGACCUCAGAGGAGUGGCUCAGCGGCAUCGACAAAGGUCCAGUGCUGAUGUCUCUGAAGCCGGGAAGUCACGUAGCAGAGCCAUAUUCAGAGCUGACCAAGGGGUCCGGAAACUUGCUGGACAGUCGCAGGUCGCAGAGCAGGCCGGGCAUGCUGCAGCUGGCGUACAUUCAGGAACAACUGGGGACCAAAGACCGCAAAGAGGGCAACGGUCUUACAGAGGGAGACAAGAGUUGGAUGCCUGUUAGCAACGGAGAAGACCUCGCACUUUGCUCUCCUCCUCGGACAGAGAAUGAGCUGCUUCUGAAGUUCCACAAGCAGCAGGACGAAAUCCGACGGCUGAGGGAGCUCCUCAACCAGAGGGACGUGCGCAUCACACAGCUGGAGCUAGAGAUUAAGAACAUCAAAAACAUCCAGCCUCAGAGCUCACUUUAAAACUUACCCCCGACCAUGGAGUCACCUCCACCUUCUCACGGGACACAAGCAUUACUGUACAAAAGUACUAACCACAUUUUCAUACCAUCACUUUCUUCUUAUAGUCCUGACUCACCUCUUUUCUUCUUGUGAGCCCCUCAUACUCACCGCAGAGGGGUGAUUUAAACGAGUAUCACCUCGACUUUGUGUUUUCAUAAUGUCGUCUUGUCGAUUCUACACAAGGUGCAUAUAUUCUUUAUUCAGGUACAUACUCUCAAACACUGAUUCGUACCUAUGACGUAACAUGUUUUAACUCUUUGCACCUGUUGACCUUUUUUUUUUCUCCUGUUUCUUUUGUACGCUUCACAGCUAUGCAAGUUUAUUGUAAUUUUUAGCUUUUUUAUGCUCUUUGUAGCUGAUAAAAGGAUGUUUGUGCCCGUCUUGACUGAAUGAUGUGGCUGUCUGCUUGGUGUUUUUGAAAGUCGUUGCAGGGUAGUCGCAGACAUCCUGUGUGAUUGUAAGAUAACGCAGAAUUUAUUUUCUAUGCUUGGUGAUUGUUUUUCCAAUAUUUAAACUACUGUAAGAGGAGAUGGCUGCGGUGUUUGUAACGAUAGAUGUUUGUGUGCUUGAAUGAGAGUGUGAGCUAAACAAAUGACUCAUGUCAUCCUCUCAGCUGUGUUAUGGCUUUCCAUUUUUUUUUUUUUUUUUAUUAUUUUGGAAUAACUGGAAAAUUGGUGGAAAAUCGACCCUUCUCACAGCAGGAACCAAUUCUGCACCUGAUGCCAUGUAGCUGCUUUGAUCUUAACUUUUAAUUUAUUUUAAAAAGCAUUCAAAGAAAAUAUCGGCCAUUUAAAUCAAAAACUUGAAAUUGCAAUUUUAGACACAAAAUGUUUAAGAAGACUUAUUUUCACUAAUGUGGAGUCACUGUGAAUAAACUUUUUAAAGCCAUUGUAGAACCGGAGUACUGCAAGACUUCCGGGUUAGUUUGUGUUUGACUUUUCUUUUGACUUUCAGUGUAUUUUCUGGUAAAGGGUUUCUUUUAUUGCUCUUUGUAAGAACCUGAAACAUGAUGCUGGUUUUUUUUCUGCUCAUAUUUUAAGUUUACAGUGUAUCAGUACUACUGUGCUGCACAGAGAAAAUUUGAGCCACUCACAUUUCAGAUGAGGAUGUGAGAGCGGAGGAACAGUUGGGUAAGAUAAUGAUAAAUUUGUCUACAGCCAGAGAUUUUAUCAUACAAUUUAUACUGUGGUAACUAUCCCUUUUAACAUUUCUACAAGUAUUACUGUCUAUAUGUAUUGUGGAUAGUCUUUCAAAUUAAUGAGCAGGGCUGCUUUGUUGAUAAAGUAUUUUAAAUAAGAUUUUUGCAUCAUUGUGAUGAAAUUUAUUAAGUUGUCCUAAACAAUUUUUUCCCAUCUGGUUAUUUUAUUCUGAUACAGUUUCUCAAUGUAGAUAUAAAAGAUUUUCAAGUAAGUUGCCAAUGACAUAUAUCAAUAUUACAUUCUAACAUUUGAUAAAAUGAUAAAGGACUUUAUCCAUAUUGCCCACUCUGAUGAAAUGAGUGACUUUGAGUGGAUCUUUUUUUUAAUUGAUAUCUUAGAAACUACAGCUAUCAAGCUCAACUUUUAAGCCAAUAUGGACAAGAACCUGUAAACAUGCUCACAAGUCACAAUAGUGGAAAAGUUUCAACAUCCACAAUUAAAUGACAA